AUGAUGUAUAUAGCGGUGUUCCUGAUUGCCAUUAGUGUCUGUGCUUCUAACACGUACGAGGAGCGGGCAUUGGGCAUCUGGGCGCCUGAUGCUACCAGUCUAGAUGAGAACGACGGCGUGUCAUACGUCACGGACCACAUGCGGAAUCAGCUCAGCUUUGAUCUCUGGUAUAUCUUUCUUGGAACCUUUCUUGUCUGCAUUGCCGAAGCGCGGCGUAUUACAGAUCUCAGUGAACCGUCCAGCGGCAAUGUUGGGCUAUCACUCGGUGGCCCUCUUGGCAACACGUCCAUGUCCGGACAUUACUCUGUUUUCAGCAAGGUGGUUAUCUGUCUAAUGAUGAUCCGGGGCCGCCACCGCGGGCUUCCCUACGCCUUGGACCGUGCCAUUACUCUGCCCACGAGAGACGAUGAUGACACCCAAAAUGAAAAGAUGACAAGACCCUUUCGAUUCGAUAGUCCACCCCCAGUUAGGGCGAUGGUAGCCCUGGCUAAGGCACAUACAGCUUCCUGA